AUGGGUUCCUUUUUCUUUCUACCUGCCUCCAGAUUGCUUGGUUAUGAAGGAAUGGAAGUUAUAAACCCAGAAGGUGGAAAAGAAGAUGCUGAGGAGGAAGCUCAAAGAGGAAGAUGGAAUCAGGAGGAUCGCGACAGUUACUGGAAAAUGAUGCGGGAAUAUGUAGGGUCUGAUAUAACAUCAAUGGUGACACUUCCGGUAUUUAUAUUUGAGCCGAUGACGAUGCUUCAAAAAAUGGCAGAGUUAAUGGAAUACUCCCACAUUCUAGAUCAGGCUGAUGAAUGUGAAGAUCCCUACAUGCAGUUGGUAUAUGCUUCAUCAUGGGCUAUAUCUGUCUACUAUGCCUACCAACGCACCUGGAAGCCUUUUAACCCCAUCCUUGGUGAGACUUACGAAAUGGUCAACCAUGAUGGGAUUACAUUCAUUGCUGAACAGGUGAGUCAUCAUCCUCCAAUGAGUGCUGGACAUGCUGAAAAUGAACAUUUUACAUAUGAUGUGACAUCAAAGUUGAAGACUAAAUUUCUGGGGAACUCUGUUGACGUCUAUCCUGUUGGAAGAACACGUGUGACUCUUAAACGAAAUGGCGUGGUCCUGGAUUUAGUUCCACCUCCUACAAAGGUUAACAAUUUGAUUUUUGGAAGAACGUGGGUUGACUCACCAGGGGAGAUGAUUAUGACAAAUUUGACUACAGGGGACAAAGCUGUGCUCUGUUUUCAACCAUGUGGCUGGUUUGGAGCUGAUCGAUAUGAAGUGGAUGGCUAUGUGUAUAAUGCUUCCGAGGAACCUAAGAUAUUGAUGACUGGAAAAUGGAAUGCAUCAAUGAGUUAUCAACCUUGUGACAUGGAAGGGGAACCUCAAAUAGGGUCAGAACUCAAAGAGGUUUGGCAAGUUGCUACUGCUCCAGAAAAUGACAGAUUUCAGUAUACAUAUUUUGCCCAUAAAAUAAACAGCAUUGAAACCGCACCCAGGAAAUUGUUGGCAUCGGAUUCUCGUCUGCGUCCUGAUAGACAUGCACUUGAGAAAGGUGAUUUAUCAAAAGCUGGUGCCGAGAAGAGCAGUUUGGAAGAAAGACAGAGAGCUGAAAAGAGAAAUAGGGAAGCGCAAGGCCAUCAGUUUAAUCCAAGAUGGUUUGAUAAAACUACUGAAAUCACAACAACACCUUGGGGAGACUUGGAAGUCUAUCAGUACAAUGGCAAAUACACUGAACAUCGGGCUUCUAUUGAUAGCUCCCAUAGCAUUGAUGCAGAUGAUGUCAGAUCAACAGAGUUCGACCCAUGGCAGUGUGGUAAUUUGUCUGCAGAAUGA